AUGGUGCGGCUGCCUCGCCCCGCCUCCGCGUUCCCUGCGGGCUUUGUUGGGCUGCGGACCAAGCCUUCCGCCUCGUCCCCGGGGUGGGGGCCGAACGCGUGGCUGGUCGGAAGCAGCCGGCUUUCAGACUUGCGGAGCGACGGACAGGGGGCCUCGGCCUUUCGAAAUAGCCCACUUUCCCACGAUGCCCGGACUUCUGGGAAGCCGCUGGCCCCCUUGCCCCAGACCUCCCAGGUCCCGCUGCGUGGGCGUCCUGUCGGGCCGAUGCCUCGGGCGUGUUGUCGGGCCACUCGCCGUCCUCACCCCGGUGCGAUCCUCGCGGAGGACGGCAGAGAACUUUUUUUUCCCCCCACAAGAGAGACAGAAGAUGAAACAGAACAGAAGAGAAUCAGGAAGAAAAGGGAAAACAAGAGGAGACAUAUAGGAACUUCCAUGGCCUUGGCAGCAGAGCCAGCUGUCCUGCCUGGUUCUCCUGUAAGAAACCAGAAGAGUGCUUCCAGCUUCUUCAAGAAACUCAGAGAAGAGCUGCAGUGUGCUGCCGGCACUCCCACGGGUCCUUCUUCAGGACCCGAAGUCCCUACUGCUGCAGUAUCUCCCUCUCCCUUAAAGAACAGCAGACGACAAGUAGAAGUGGUGGAAUUUCACAGCAGAAGUAAAAAAAGAAAGCUGAUGCCAGAUCAGGAUGAGAGCACAAAGACUAAAACUAGUGUUUUGGAGAAAGAUAUGGAGAUACAAGAAUUUAACCUAGAAAAGGCUCGUCUGGAAGUGCAUCGGUUUGGGAUCACGGGUUAUGGAAAAGGAAAGGAAAGAGUCCUGGAACGGGAACGUGCCGUCAUGCUGGGUGCUAAGCCUCCCAAAAAUAGUUAUGUGAACUAUAAGGUUUUGCAGGAGCAGAUCAAAGAAAAAAAGGCAGCCAAGGAAGAGGAAAAAAGAAUGGCCCAAGAAACAGAUCUUUUCAAGAAAAAGAAGAGGAAAGGGCAGGGAGACAGGACAUCCAAAAAGAAGAAGUCGGCUCCCAGUAUUUUGUUCAGUGGACGGAGUGGACAGGCUGGAAAAUUCAAAAAUGGGGCGUUGAUUCUGAGCCCAGCCGAUCUCAAGAAAAUAAAUUCUUCCAGAGUGGCUGAAUGAAGUGCUGGAUCAGACAGAAGCGGAGCGGGAAGGCCCCCUGCAGGCGGCGAGGUGAUGACUCCACGUCUCAUAGGCUGCCUCUCCGUCUGGACAAACACGUCACACGGAAACAGCAUUUCCAGUCGCGGAAGGGUCUGUCCUGUGCCGCUAGACACGUAGGGUCAAGUGCGAGGAGAGUGUGGGUGCCCCGCACGUGCCCUGCCGCUUCACACUCCCCGGGUUUGGUGUGCUUGAGUGUAACAGUGCUCUUUGCAGUCUUCUUGUCUUGCAAGUGCUGAUAAUUUCCAUUAAAUUGCCUUGCGGUAUUUUUAAUGAUCUAGUGCUUUGGUAUCACGAGAGAACCAAGAGGCUGGUAAUAUAGCAGUUGUUUUGUGGAAAAGCAAAUUUUAGCCUCUUUUACCUUUAUAAGAAGUUACAUAAAUGAAAGGCAACUUUUUAGUCUGUAUGACUGUGACUGUUAAGUAACACGACAGAUAAUUUUGACUGUCUUAGUGCCUAUAUUUAAGUGGAUGUUGUCUCCCUCAAAAUUGUUACCUCACGCAGCUGUACGUAUAUUUUUAAUGGUAGUCCACUUGCCUAAAGCAACAGUAAUGUAAAGCUUGUGACACAUUAAAAAGUCUCCAGUGAUGGUAACAAUUUUGGCAUUUCUUUUAAUUGCCAAAAAAAUUUAGAUCCAAGCCUAGUAAAUAAUACAGUUUUGGUAAAUAAACCAGAAGAGUAUAAAUGGC